AUGAACAGCACAAAUCAGCAAACCUGUGCUCCUUUUGGGAACACAAACACAGUCUUGCUAGAUCAGGCCAAAGCUCUGUCUGCUCUCGUCUCCUAUUUCCUACAUAAGGUCCCAGCAUGGGACUUCCUGGUCAAAGUUCUGCUGGCUCUGGAGAAGCUGGCCAGAUGUGCGGGUGCCGGGCUCUCAGGCGCUGUUGUCCCUCGGCAGUUCAAACGGCAAGUCGGAGAGCAGGAGGAGGACGGCGACUUGUGGAUCGGAUACUCCGCCUUCCACCUGGGGGACUACAAGAGAGCGCUGGAGGAAUAUGAGGCUUUGACCAAGAAGCCAUCUUGCAAUCCUGAUGUUUGGGUGAACCUUGCCUGUACCUACUUUUUCCUAGGGAUGUAUACACAAGCUGAACAAGCAGCCUUGAAAGCACCUAAGAGUCGGCUCCAGAACCGUUUACUCUUUCACCUGGCACAUAAGUUCAGUGAUGAGAAAAAACUGAUGAGCUUUCACCAGAAUCUGCAAGACAUUACAGAAGAUCAGCUUAGCUUGGCAUCUAUCCACUAUAUGCGGUCCCAUUACCAAGAAGCUAUCGACAUCUAUAAACGCAUCCUUCUUGAUAAUCGGGAAUACCUGGCUCUGAAUGUGUAUGUGGCCCUGUGCUAUUACAAGCUGGAUUACUAUGAUGUGUCACAAGAGGUGCUUGCCGUUUACCUUCAGCAAGUUCCUGACAGCACCAUUGCUCUUAACCUUAAGGCUUGUAACCAUUUCCGCCUUUACAAUGGGAAGGCUGCUGAGGCAGAACUCAAGAGCUUGACAGAUAGUGCCUCAUCUUCUUUUGAGUUUGCCAAGGAGCUUAUUAAGCACAAUCUGGUUGUCUUCCGAGGAGGAGAAGGGGCUUUGCAGGUCCUGCCUCCUCUGGUUGAUGUUAUUCCUGAGGCCAGACUAAAUCUUGUGAUUUACUAUCUCCGGCAAGAUGAUGUGCAGGAGGCUUAUAACCUGAUUAAGGACCUGGAACCUACAACUCCACAGGAAUACAUCCUCAAGGGAGUGGUAAAUGCAGCACUUGGACAAGAAAUAGGCUCGAGAGAUCAUCUGAAAAUUGCUCAGCAGUUCUUCCAGUUGGUGGGUGGAUCAGCCAGUGAAUGUGAUACCAUUCCAGGGAGACAGUGCAUGGCCUCCUGCUUCUUUCUGCUUAGACAGUUUGGUGAUGUCCUCAUUUACCUCAAUUCAGUCAAGAGUUACUUCUACAAUGAUGACACUUUCAACUUUAACUACGCCCAAGCCAAAGCUGCCAUGGGCAAUUCUAGCGAGGCUGAAGAGGUGUUCCUUUUGAUCCAGAGUGAGAAGAUAAAGAAUGAUUUUGUUUACCUUAGCUGGCUAGCUCGCUGCUAUAUUAUGAAUAAGAAGCCACAGCUGGCCUGGAAACUCUAUUUGAAGAUGGAAACCUCAGGGGAAUCCUUUAGUCUUUUGCAGCUCAUUGCAAAUGAUUGCUACAAAAUGGGUCAGUUUUACUACUCAGCCAAAGCAUUUGAUGUUCUGGAGAGAUUGGACAGUAAUCCUGAAUACUGGGAAGGCAAGAGAGGCGCUUGUGUGGGUGUCUUUCAAAUGAUCUUAGCUGGCCGAGAAGCAAAAGAGACUUUACGGGAAGUGGUGCAUCUUCUGAGGAGCACUGGUAAUCCUCAGGUAGAAUACAUUAUCCGCAUCAUGAAAAAGUGGGCCAAGGAGAACAGAGUCCCUAUCUAAGUCACUGUCACCAAAAGAACUGGGUCAGUUACUAUUUUGUGCGUGGCUGUUGUGAUGUAGAUCAUGAUUCCUCCUGU